GUCAACAGACGGUUGUUCACCUCUGUGUCUCUCUCUCUCUCUGCAGAUGUCUACAGUCUCUGCCCGGGAAUGGGUCUCAAGAAUCACAGAAACCUUGAUUUCUGCGGCCAGUCUACCCGUCUUCUUAUUGCUAGACAUUCUCGACGUCAUCAUGUGCUUAAUCUUCAGACUCCUCGACAGAUUCUUGGAAGGCACAAACUCUUCAUGCUACUGUCACUCUGACAUUACUCAACCACCACAUUCCGAGACUGAGCUAUCGGAAAGCCUUCAUGGAAGAAAAAACAUCGUUAGGGAAAUGUUAAGAUUGCUCAAAUUUCCAGUAUUUCUUACCAAAAAUGGGACGGCGCCGGCGAGUAGAGCCAAUAGAUGGUCUGACUGUGGCUGUGAAUCUUGCCUUUCUUGGAUGAAUCACACACAAACUCAUUCCAACCUUCAUCUUCUUCUCAAACAACCACAAAGAGAUGCUAAUGUGAGUGAGAAUGUGAUAUUCAUACAUGGUUUCCUCUCGUCGUCUUCGCUUUGGAAAGAGACCGUUUUCCUCAACCUCUCCGAAAACUCAAGGCGAAACUACAGACUGUUUGCAGUAGACUUACUGGGAUUUGGAAGAAGCCCGAAGCCUGAGGAUUGUCUGUACACGUUGAGGGAUCACGUGGAAAUGAUCGAGAGAUCAGUGAUCGUCCCGUUUGAACUGGACUCGUUUCACCUAGUAGCACACUCCAUGGGUUGUGUGAUUGCACUAGCGUUGGCUGCAAAACACUCUGCUUCAGUAAAAUCAAUCACUUUGGUAGCUCCUCCUUACUUUUCUGCUUCGAGUGGAGAUGCUACUGGACAAGCUCUCAAACGCAUUGCUGCAAGGAGGGUGUGGCCGCCUUUGCUGUUCUUCUCGGCUUUCAUGUCGUGGUACGAGCACUUGGGCAGAUGUGUGUGCUUCCUCCUGUGCCGGAAUCACAGAUUGUGGGAGUGGAUUCUGAUGCUGGUAACACGAAGAAGGGACCUUCACUUUCUGAUGACGGAUGUUACGCGCCAUACUCAUCAUUCGGCCUGGCACACGAUGCACAAUGUAGUCUGUGGUGGGGCAAGGUUCUUGGAUGGGUACCUGGAGGUGCUGAGGGCAGCCGGGGCUAGGAUCCUUGUCGUGCAGGGGAGGAAGGAUGAGGUUGUGCCUGUGGAAUGCAGCUUGAAUUUGAAGGUGAAGGAUCCAGAGAUAGAGCUUCAAAUCAUACCAAAUUUAGAUCAUAGUAGUGUGAUUCUAGGUAGAGCAGAGGAGUUUACUAGGGAUUUAGAGAGGUUUUGGGCAUCAUGAUUGAACUAAAUUUCUCUUGAAGGAAAUUGUUUCAAUAA